GUGCAAAUGCUUCCUGAGAGAUUUUGGUGGUUUUGAUUUACUGGCACAUACAACUGUAUACACUGUGACUCAUCUGUAGUAGGGCAUCUCGAGGCAUUAUGUGUAGCUGCUGCCUUGCUCCUGCCUGCUGCUCCUCGCGUUUGUAAGACUCCAAGGCCUGCACGCUGUGAUUGCUCAGAUGGUUCCUAAAAUGACUGGGAAACAGACACUUGACGGGCCAGUUGAAGAGUGGAUGCUGGUGUCUAUUUAAAACCUUUCUAUGCACACACGCAAACACACACGAGAAGACAGGCUCGUUCUGGCGCACACUUGAAGCAUUUUACAACUGAUGAAAAUUAAUCUAAGAAUCAGAUGGAGCAACUUGACACCACUGGGCUCAGGAGCCCGGGGAGAAAAAUACAUCACUAAUGGCCAAUUUUCCAUUUGGUCUUCACGGGUAAAGAAAGUCUGCAAAAAGAAGAAGAAAAAACUUGCACAGAUAAGCUUCAGAAAUACCUCCAGUUUGAACAAGGAGCUUAGUGAGACGGCGGCCGGGGAGCAGUGUGAUCUCAAGCCUUGCAGGUGGGAUCAAGCGGUGUUUUUUGCACUUUAUUUUUCAGUGGGUUUGAUGAUUUGGACAGAGACUGUACCAUUCUGGACCGACAAGUUUCUUUACGUGAGCUUGUGACUGGAGGAAAGCCAGUUCAGGUUUGAUGGGACAAGUUUGAACAGUGAACUGGUUCCUUUCCCUUUUUCAGUUGACUAUACCCAAGAAAUUUUAAUUUAUUACUUCCCUUUUCUUUUCUGUAUCUAUAGGAUAAUAUCCUAGAUAGCAUUUGAAACCGAUAAAUGAAUAUCAAGGAACACCUAAGCGAAGCUGCUUUUCCUUGGACUGUGCGUGUGGCAUUGGGAAACCGUCUCUGAAUGUGAACAGAAAAGGGCCCAUCAGCCAGACCGGGUGACUCUUUAGGGAAACGUCGGGGAAGACCCCGCCCUUGCCUGUGUUUCUGGUCUUUUCUCUUCUCUGUGGAGUUUAAGAAGACUUGUGCAUGUAAGAGGAGGAUUACUUGAUGGACUUAAGUCUGAGGUUCUUUUUUUUCCUUCAAUGAAAAAGAUGUGACUUUUAGGAGCAGAAAGGGGCGGAGUUAGACGGUGGGGGAGGAGACAGGCAGGAGAGAAGAAAGCUCGGGAGGGUUCGCUUUGGCAGCAGGAGGAUUAGGACUCACCUGGGCAAACACGUGGGCCAGCUCUGGCUCUGCAGACAGGGGGCUUCUCUCGGCCGCUCCGUGGCAUGAGGGCUGCUGGGCUGUGAGGGCAUCAGAGAGAGCCCAGCUCGGGGGCACAGGGACUGGCCAGGAAGCCGCUGCGGCUCUCGGGGGGGCAUUCUGGGCUCUGAACCACGGCAAAGACUCUCUUCCGGAACGCGGACUGCUGCCUGCACAAACUGUUGUCCUGCACGGUGUGUGCCUUUUCCCCCUUACGCAGCCUUUCCAGCGCUAGCAGCAGGAACUUUCUCGCUGAGAAAACAUGCCAGAGGGUGGCCGCAGGGAGAGGGGGAUCCCUGUGCUUUGUUUCUGCCUCUGAACUUGUGAAGAGAAAAUUCCAGCUGAGGGAUUCUUAAAGCCUUAAGUUACUUGAAAUCUAUGUAUUUGCAGCCCUUGGUCUCUGGAAUCACAUUACGCUAAACUGGAAUCUCAGGCGGAACCAGAAUAACCGAGUUGAGUAGAAAGUCGGAAACUCCGUUUCUUGCGCACUACAGAUUAGCGAUGCUCUUUCUCCAAAGGGCCAGCCCCCUCCUCCUCUAAGGACUUGAAAAUAAAAAUGGGCCCCAGGUUUUUUUAAGCAUUACCUUUUCUUAGCAGACUGCCAUCGUCUUUUAUAGAGGACUUUUUUGACUAUGCAUUUGGGGAUCUUUAUAAAAUACUGACCUUCUGAUUAGAUCCAGGUCAAUCUUAAUUAGAGGAGACCGGGGAAGCCAAGCAAGCCGACCACAGAAAUAGAAUAUUCCAUCCAUGAGAGGAGCCGGGAGGCUUUGUCAGCGGCCAGCGGUACUCUGCAAGGACAGUAGUCACUGAGAAAGCAUGUAUGCAGCGGUGGAGCAGGGGCCUGUCCUCUACAGCGACUCCAACAUCCUCUGCCUGUCCUGGAAGGGCCGCGUCCCCAAGAGCGAGAAGGAGAAGCCCGUGUGCAGGAGGCGCUACUACGAGGAGGGCUGGCUGGCCACGGGCAACGGCCGCGGCGUCGUGGGCGUGACCUUCACCUCCAGCCACUGCCGCCGGGACAGGAGCACGCCGCAGAGAAUUAACUUCAACCUGCGGGGCCACAACAGCGAGGUUGUGCUGGUGAGGUGGAAUGAGCCAUACCAGAAGCUGGCCACAUGUGACGCAGAUGGAGGGAUAUUUGUGUGGAUUCAGUACGAAGGAAGAUGGUCUGUGGAGCUGGUCAACGACCGAGGGGCUCAGGUGAGUGACUUCACGUGGAGCCACGAUGGAACGCAAGCACUUAUUUCCUAUCGAGACGGGUUUGUCCUGGUCGGCUCUGUCAGCGGACAAAGACACUGGUCAUCUGAGAUCAACCUGGAAAGUCAGAUCACAUGUGGCAUCUGGACUCCUGAUGACCAACAGGUGCUGUUCGGCACGGCCGACGGGCAGGUGAUCGUCAUGGACUGCCACGGCAGGAUGCUGGCACACGUCCUCCUGCACGAGUCUGAUGGCAUCAUCAGCAUGGCCUGGAACUACCCUACCUUCCUGGUGGAGGACAGCAGCGAGAGCGACACGGACUCCGACGACUACUCCCCGCCCCAAGAUGGCCCCGUAACAUAUCCCGUCCCGGUGCAGCAUAUCAGGCCACUGCUCACCGUCAGCUUCACCUCGGGGGACAUCAGCCUAAUGAACAGCUACGAUGACUUGUCUCCCACUAUCAUCCGCUCAGGACUGAAAGAGGUGGUGGCCCAGUGGUGCACGCAGGGAGACCUUCUGGCAGUCGCUGGAAUGGAACGGCAGACGCAGCUUGGUGACCUUCCCAACGGCCCUCUCCUGAAGAGUGCCAUGGUCAAGUUCUACAAUGUGCGUGGGGAACACAUCUUCACACUGGACACACUUGUGCAACGCCCCAUCAUCUCCAUCUGCUGGGGCCACCGGGACUCCAGGCUGCUGAUGGCUUCGGGACCGGCCCUGUACGUGGUACGUGUGGAGCACCGGGUGUCCAGCCUGCAGCUGCUGUGCCAGCAGGCCAUUGCCAGUGCACUGCGAGAAGACAAGGACGUCAGCAAGCUGACCCUGCCCCCUCGCCUCUGCUCCUACCUCUCCUCCGCCUUCAUCCCCACCAUCAAGCCCCCCAUUCCAGACCCUAACAACAUGCGAGACUUUGUCAGCUACCCGUCGGCCGGCAACGAGCGCCUGCACUGCACCAUGAAGCGCACAGAGGAUGACCCAGAGGUGGGAGGCCCAUGCUACACGCUCUACCUGGAGUACAUGGGCGGGCUCGUGCCCAUCCUCAAGGGGCGGCGGAUCAGCAAGCUGCGGCCGGAGUUUGUCAUCAUGGACCCCCGGACAGACAGCAAAUCAGAUGAAAUCUAUGGGAACAGCUUGAUUUCUACCAUGAUCGACAGCUGCAACUGCUCGGACUCAAGUGACAUCGAACUAAGUGAUGACUGGGCUACCAAGAAAUCUCCCAAAAUCUCCCAAGCAAGCAAAUCACCCAAACUCCCAAGGAUCAACAUCGAAGCUCGCAAGUCACCCAAGUUGUCCCGGGCUGCUCAGGAGAUGUCCAGGUCCCCCCGGCUGCCGAUGCGCAAGCCCUCCAUUGGCUCGCCCAGCCUGACGCGAAGAGAGUUUCCCUUUGAAGACAUCACUCAGCACAACUACCUUGCUCAGGUCACGUCUAAUAUCUGGGGAACCAAGUUUAAGAUUGUGGGCUUGGCGGCUUUCCUGCCAACCAACCUCGGUGCAGUCAUCUACAAAACCAGCCUCCUGCACCUGCAGCCGCGGCAGAUGACCAUCUAUCUCCCGGAGGUCCGGAAGGUGUCCAUGGACUACGUGAACCUGCCCGUCUUCAACCCCAACGUGUUCAGUGAGGACGAGGACGACCUACCAGUGACAGGAGCAUCUGGCGUGCCUGAGAACAACCCGCCUUGUACCGUGAACAUCCCUAUCGCUCCCAUCCACAGCUCGGCGCAAGCCAUGUCCCCCACGCAGAGCAUCGGGCUGGUGCAGUCCCUGCUGGCCAACCAGAACGUGCAGCUGGACGUCCUGACCAACCAGACCACGGCCAUGGGGGCCACUGAGCACGCCAGUGAGAAUGCCACCCCGUACCCGGUCCCCAGCCGCUACUCCAGCCCCGGACAGGUGAUCUUCGGGGGCGUAGAGAUGGGCCGUCUCCUCCCGAGCCCCCCGCAGCUGCCCCUGCUGCCGCCCGCACAGGGGCCCGCGCCGGGGGCCCACGGAGACCGCGAGCACGAGCACCCGCAGAAGCCCGCCAAGGCGCUGCGGCCGCAGCUGGCCGCCGAGGGGGACGCCGUGGUGUUCGGGGCCCCCCAGGAGAUCCAGGGGGCCAAGCUGAACCCCCCACCGCCUUACCCAGGCACCAUCCCUGCCGCCCCCACCACCGCGCCGCCCCCGCCCCCGCCGCCCCCGCCGCAGCCCCCCGUGGACGUGUGCCUGAAGAAGGGCGACUUCUCGCUGUACCCCACGGCCGUGCACUACCAGCCGCCCCUGGGCUACGAGAGGAUCACCACCUUCGACAGCAGCGGCAACGUGGAGGAGGUGUGCCGGCCCCGGACGCGGGUGCUCUGCUCGCAGAACACCUGCACCCUCGCCGGCCCCGGCAGCUCGGCCACCCUGAGGCUCACGGCCACCGAGAAGAAGGUGCCGCAGCCCUGCACCAGCGCCACCCUGAACCGCCUUCACGUCCCCCGCUACGCCAUCCCCCCGGGAGACCCGCCCCCCUACCCCGACCUGGCCGGCCCGCUGGUCUCCAGCCGGGGGGCCACGCCGCGGCUGGACGGCGGCCUCAUCCACGCCACGCUGCGCAGGAACAACCGCGACGUGGUGCUCAAGGCCGCGGCGCCCGCCGAGCCCCCGCGGCUCCACCCGCCCCUGCAGCACCCGCACCCGCACCCCGCCAAGCCCAAGGCCACCGCCCAGUUCCCCCUGCGGCCCCCCGCAGCCCUCUACACCUGCAGCCAGUGCAGCGCAGGGGGUGCGCAGGCGGCCAGCACCUCCCCGCUGGCCUCCCAGUCCUCCUACAGCCUCCUGGGCCCGCCCGAGGGCAACCGCGAGCGCACCGACUACGUCAACUCGGCCUUCACGGAGGACGAGGCGCUGGCCCCGCACUGCCCCGUGGACAAGCCGCCGCGGCACGCCUCCCUGCCACUGCCUGAGGCCGCUGUGGCCGGGAAGCGGCCGCCCCCGUACCAGUGGGACCCUGUGCUGGGGGAGGACGUCUGGGUGCCUCAGGAGAGGACAGCACAGCCUGCAGUGCCCAACCCCCUGAAGCUGCCCGCCCUGGUCGUAGGUCAGAGCCAGCACCUGGACGUGUCCCGAGUGCCCUUCAUCUCCCCCAAGUCUCCCGCCAGCCCCACUGCCACUUUCCAGACGGGCUACGGAAUGGGAGUGCCCUACCCUGGAAGCUAUGGCAACCCCCCGCUGCCGGGAGUUCCGGCUCCCUGCUCCUCAAAAGAUGCCCUGUCCCCCACACAGUUUGCACAGCAGGAGCCCCCCGUGGUCCUGCAGCCGGCCUACCCUCCCAGCCUAUCCUACUGCACCUUGCCCCCCAUGUACCCCGGAAGCAGCACGUGCUCAAGUUUACAGCUGCCAUCCAUCGCCUUGCACCCCUGGAAUUCCUACAGCGCGUGCCCGCCCAUGCAGAAUCCCCAGAGCACCCUCCCCGCCAAGGCACACUUGGUGGAGAAGCCCCUCGUGUCCCCACCCCCGCCCAGUGACCUCCAGAGCCACCUGGGCGCAGAGGUGGUGGGAGAGACCUCGGACAGCUUCCAGGAGGUGCUCUCGCUGGCGGAGAGCCCCGUCCCGCAGCGGACAGAGAGGUUCGGGAGGAAGAGCCGGAAGCGCCUGGACAGCCGGGCGGAGGAGGGGAGUGUCCAGGCCAUCACCGAGGGCAAAGUGAAGAAGGAGGCGCGGACCCUGAGCGACUUCAAUUCCCUCAUCGCCAGCCCCCGCCUGGGCAGGGAGAAGAAGAAGGUGAAGAGCCAGAAGGACCAGCUCAAGUCCAAGAAGCUGAACAAGACGAACGAGUUCCAGGACAGCUCGGAGAGCGAGCCGGAGCUGUUCAUCAGCGGCGACGAGCUCAUGAACCAGAGCCAGGGCGGCAAGAAGGGCUGGAAGAGCAAGCGCAGCCUGCGCACGGCCAGCGAGCUGGACGAGUUCAAGUGCCGGAAGGCCAGCGAGCGGGAGGACGGGCGGCUGGGCAGCCAGGGCUUCGUGUACGUGAUGGCCAACAAGCAGCCUCUCUGGAACGAGGCCACCCAGGUGUACCAGCUGGACUUCGGCGGGCGCGUGACCCAGGAGUCGGCCAAGAACUUCCAGAUCGAGCUGGAGGGGCGGCAGGUGAUGCAGUUCGGCAGGAUCGAUGGCAAUGCGUACAUUCUGGACUUCCAGUACCCCUUCUCGGCUGUGCAGGCCUUCGCCGUGGCCCUGGCCAACGUGACGCAGCGCCUCAAGUGAAGAGACCGGCUUGGGGAGCAGAAAGCGCCCGAGGAGCCUUUUCAGAGAGGUCUGAUCUCGGAUGGUAGAGACCCCGCAAGGGCCUCAGGACCUGGGGACCAGAAGACAAGAGCAAACUGGAAAAGUCUGCCAGGCCCAGGAGAGGGCACAGACCGUUAGCGUUGUCGUUUGGGCUUUUAUUAUUCUUUAUUGUCUUUCUUUUUAAUCAGACAAAACAAUACAGAAGAGAGGUAUCUGGAAGCAGAGACCAGGCACCUGGAGUUUUUUUGGAACCAUAAUUGAUGGUGGUAAUGUGCCACUGGGCUUGCAUAUGUCAGCUACACACAACGGGUCCUUCAGAAGGAAGACAGACUGCAUUGUAGCCCGCUAUUCUUUUAGACGUACGGAGUAUGCCUUCUUCUCAUCCUCCACAGCAUCACUAGUGU